GACAAGCACAAACACCGUUCCCACUCACAGUGAAGGAGCAAGGAGGUGGCAUGAUGUCGUCAGACAGGGAUAAAAGGGCUGUGUUUGGUAAAGGAAUCGCGUUCGACCCCUGCCAGCUUCGAGACCCUUGGGAGAACAGAGCCCAGAAGAUCAGUGAGAAGGGACAGCAGGAGAAGGAGGGGCAGGGAAAUAGAGACCUGAAUCGGCUUAUUAAAGAGCGGCACAUUCGACUGAUGGCAUUGGAGAAGAAAGGAAAGGGCAGAAAUAUGGUGUAUUGUCCUCUACUGAAACGGUUUAGGCUUGAUCCUCCACUAGACGCAGCCCCGCCCCCACCUCCACCCCCACCCACUCCCAAGAAAUCACCACGACGGGUGAAGAUAGAGAUCCCCAAGCCAGUGGAGAAGAAGCCCACCCCACCUAAACCAUCACCUCCUCCUCUGCCCAAAGUCAUUCUCUCAUACAAAGACUUACAAAGACGAUCUGAGGGAAAAUGGUGGAGGGGUAUUAGGGAUAGAGAACUACCGAAUGGUCCAACUGAAUGGUCAAAGCCCUUUAAGUGUCGACCACUGCAGUUCAGUAGAAUCCUUUACGACCAAACAAUGUCCUGGCAGCGGGGAUGGCCAACGUUCAGCCGGGAAAAAAGCAACAAACUACUGAAAGUUAAACCUUUGGAUGACAAAGUUAACCUUAAAGAGUGGAAGGAUUCUUGGAAGAUAUCCAGGCCUUUACCCAAGCAGCACACAGAAAACAGGGGCAUUACAGAAAAAGUAAAGGCUUUCAGAGAGUGGCAGAAUCGCUUGGCAAUCAGCAGAAAUAGAACAUCUACGGCAGUGGAGAAGAAAGGAAAGAGCAGCGACAUGUCUAACUUCAGGUCUAAAGUGGCACCUCCAUCAACUAUACAGAAAUCUGAGCCACCAACUCAUGAGAAAAAACAUGAACCACUCCUUCAGCUGAGGAAAGAGAGCUCUGAGGAAAAUAAGCCCUCCGCACCCAAGAGCGCAAAGCCCCCAGCCCCACAACCCAAGGAGAAGAAGCUGCUUGCCAUAAAACCGUCACCUCCUCAGGAUGACACAGUAAAUCUUCCAUGGUGGAAGAAAGUUUGUAGGACGUCCAAGCCUUCACUCAAGCAGCACACAGAGAAUCAGAUGAUUGCAGAAACUGUUAAGACAGGGACGGGCGAUGACAUGUCUGACUCCAGAAAAAUUGUGAUGAGCCUUGACAAUGAUGCUGACAUUGAAGCAGCACAUUUGGAGCCCAGGUUUGGAGACCAGGUUUGGAGGCCAAGUUUGGAGGCCAGGUUUGGAGUCCAUGCUAAGGUGGUACCUCCACCCACACCCCCCACAAAGAAAAGUGAACCACCCAAGAAAUCGCAGUUUGAUGCCCCCCAAAAAACUCAGGCUUCAUCGGACAUACUUGAUGUCAAUAAAUGGUCAGAAGCCUGGAGGACUCAACCACUGUUGUUGAACAUUAAAGAACAAGUAUCUCUGGAGGCUUGGGAGCAGGAAUGGCCAGAGUUCACAGAGGAACAAAGUGAUAAACGACUGAAUGCUAAGCCUUUGGAUGACAAUGUAAAUCUUACAGAAUGGGGGGAUGCUUGGAAGACGCCCAAACCUUUAGCCAAGCAGCACACUGAGGACUUGACGGUCACAGAGACAGUAAAGCCCAAAGCCUUGACAGGUUGGAGAGAGGCAAGGAGGCUCUCUGGUGACAAUGUUCAAAAUAAUCCUCCAAGUCUGAAGGAUUGGCGUGACUCGUGGAGUUUCUGCCAAGAACAUCGCUGGUGGAAAGUUUCUAUGGACUCCCAGAUGUCAAAACAACUCUUUUCCCAUCUAAGGAAAAGGGGCGGAGGGCUUUUUUUGUUUUGUUUUUUGUUUUUGUUUCUUUGUUUUCUUGGACACAAUACGGACUGGGGACAAUAGGACUUAAUUACCAUGACACCCGUGAAGCAAGCAAACAUUGCAAACAAAUAAACAACACAACACAUUUAGGUUAAGACAUGAAAACGAUGACAACCAUGCAUUAUAACCUAAUUAACUUAAAGUAACUUUUUAAAGACCAAACUCAAAGAAAACUGUUAACAGUAUGUGAUGGGACAUGCGAGGAAAGGAAAGGAGAGGAAAGUACAGGGAAGGAAAAUAAGGCUGGUAAAAAGCAAGAUGUUAUGGCAAGGAUUUUGUAAAGUGUAUGUAUGCAGAUGGGCUUAGGCUGGGGGAGAUUGUGGGCUGAGAGCCCUUGGGUAAUGUUUUUGUCAGCAGAUAAACUUCAGAAAAGAUGGUGGAUAAAUGAAGAAGUCUUAUUCAGGCCGUUUACCAUUGAAGAAAAUGGUCAUAGUUCCGGUCUACUUAUUAAGGAGUGGCUCUCGGGUCUGAACCAGAAAACAUGAAGGAGUGAGAUGUUUCGCUUCCUCCUCCGUCUCUGACUGUAGGCAGUUCCUACUCUCAUCAUGACCCAAACUGACAGAGCUGCACUAGUUGACUUCAAGAAACCUGAAGAAGCUUCCUUUUCAGAUAUGUAGUGUUUGAUAUUAGCAAAUGUGGGACACAUUUUAUUUUUAAGUGGGCAAGGAUGUGACAGGGUGUAGCUGAUAUUGUUGAGUUAAUUAACAUAGUCAUGUUACAUGCCUCCUAUUGGUCUGUUCGAACUGAUUCUUUGUGUUUUGUCUUAAUUGAUUGCAGGUGUGACUGCGGAGCAUGCGUCUCCUCCUGUUAUCUUAAAAUGGCUGCAUUUCCUGCCAACCAGGAAGAGGAAAAAGAGCCGCUGCUACCUCCAAGUCCCCAGACUAGCUCUAGCCUAUGGACUGAACUCCCAAUCACAGUUGAAAAUAAUUAUAUCUAGUCUCUGUGUUUAUUGUGAAAUUCUGAGUACAUCUUGUCGGGUCAGUGUCUGUGAGGACUUGGAGACAGUCAGCAAAGGUAAUUCUUGUUUUUUUGUGUGUUUGUGGGCUUGGCUAUUCCAUGCAUUUAGCACUUUAAAGUCUUUCAGACAUUUUUGAGAGUGAUGAAUGCAUUUUUUGUUACACUUAAUACAGUUUGCUGUGCGUGCACUAUAGAUGGGUUAGCUGAUAACGUCACAAAUGAUUCGUACGUUUCAAUGGUGAUUUCUGGAUGGCCAGACAGCUUCCAACAAUGACAAACUGCCUGUGGGGAAUCGUAAGUGACUAGUUUCAUCUUGUUCUUGAUAUGUGUCUUAAGAUGUUUUGACUGAUUUCAUGUCAAUGCUAAUAUGGCAAAUUUGCUAGCUAGCAAACCAACAAUAGCAAUGCAUUUGAGACAAGUGCUCAUUGUGUAACUGUAUGUUUAAACAUUGACAACAUGUCAAUUAUAUUUAUUCAAUCUAAGCCAACCGUUUGUUUUGCCCCAUAGCGCUGCAUGUGCUGGUUGUGAAACAACCAACCUGUCUAUAGUUGCUGUGCUUUGAGAGACUUUUACUAGCCUUAAUUGAAUAUUGCAUUUAAACACUGAAGUCUUACAUGAAUUCCCUGUUGUACUAGACACACAACUGUAACCUUGAAAUAACUAAAUAUUGCUUGUAAUAACAUCAAAGAGGGGCUGAACUUGUCGAUUCCACCUGGGAUUUUUCGUUACUCAUUAAGAAAUUAGAUUUGUGUCUUGGAGUUGUGGUUCAAUGUGGGUGAGUUAUUUUUGUACCUCUUCAGUCACCGCCCCAAAUAGGCCACCAUACCGACUGGCUUAUCAACCGUGAGAUGCAGCAUGUCAACGUGAUUGGUCAGGGAAGCCUCGAGCGUACGGGAUUUCCUGCAUUCUAGAUGUAGCUUUCUUUAAUGAAAAUCGUUUGUGAUGCUAAUGUUAGCUCACAAAUGUGAAGAUGUUUGAAAGCCAAUGCUGUUUCAAAAAACAAACAUAUAUUCUUUCAAAAUAACAUUUGUGACUAUCUUAAACGUAUAUACAGUGGGGUAAAAAAGUAUUUAGUCAGCCACCAAUUGUGCAAGUUCUCCCACUUAAAAAGAUGAGAGGCCUGUAAUUUUCAUCAUAGGUACACUUCAACUAUGACAGACAAAAUGAGAAAAAAUCCAGAAAAUCACAUUGUAGGAUUUUUAAUGAAUUUAUUUGCAAAUUAUGGUGGAAAAUAAGUAUUUGGUCACCUACAAACAAGCAAGAUUUCUGGCUCUCACAGACCUGUAACUUCUUCUUUAAGAGGCUCCUUUGUCCUCCACUUGUUACCUGUAUUAAUGGCACCUGUUUGAACUUGUUAUCAGUAUAAAAGACACCUGUCCACAACCUCAAACAGUCACAUUCCAAACUCCACUAUGGCCAAGACCAAAGAGCUAUCAAAGGACACCAGAAACAAAAUUGUAGACCUGCACCAGGCUGGGAAGACUGAAUCUGCAAUAGGUAAGCAGCUUGGUUUGAAGAAAUCAACUGUGGGAGCAAUUAUUAGGAAAUGGAAGACAUACAAGACCACUGAUAAUCUCCCUCGAUCUGGGGCUCCACGCAAGAUCUCACCCGUGGGGUCAAAAUGAUCACAAGAGCGGUGAGCAAAAAUCCCAGAACCACACGGGGGGACCUAGUGAAUGACUUGCAGAGAGCUGGGACCAAAGUAACAAAGCCUACCAUCAGCAAGGGCAUUGAAGAUGAAACGUGGCUGGGUCUUUCAGCAUGACAAUGAUCCCAAACACACCGCCCGGGCAACAAAGGAGUGGCUUCGUAAGAAGCAUUUCAAGGUCCUGGAGUGGCCUAGCCAGUCUCCAGAUCUCAAUCCCAUAGAACAUCUUUGGAGGGAGUUGAAAGUCCGUGUUGCCCAGCAAAAGCCCCAAAACAUCACUGCUCUAGAGGAGAUCUGCAUGGAGGAAUGGGCCAAAAUACCAGCAACAGUGUGUGAGAACCUUGUGAAGACUUACAGAAAACAUUUGACCUCUGUCUUUGCCAACAAAGGGUAUAUAACAAAAUAUUGAGAAACUUUUGUUAUUGACCAAAUACUUAUUUUCCACCAUAAUUUGCAAAUAAAUUCAUUAAAAAUCCUGGAUUUUUUCAUUCUAAUUUUGUCUGUCAUUGUUGAAGUGUACCUAUGAUGAAAAUUACAGGCCUCAUCUUUUUAAGUGGGAGAACUUGCACAAUUGGUGGCUGACUAAAUACUUUUUUGCUUCACUGUAUUGUCUAAACAAGUCCAAGGUGUUGUGUGCUAAUGGUUAGUUCAGCUGUCUGUAAAUAAAUGGGUGGGUAAAUUGAUCCUGGUGAGUGAUUGGAUAGAGUGAACUCCAGCACACUGGGCAGCUGUUAUCUGGAGGAUUUGAUUACUGCCAGUCGUGAUUAGACUGCCAUGCAGUGAGCCAAUGGGGGCAGGAUUUAAAUCACAACCCAACCCUCAUGUUAAGUUUUGACAUCCUCCGUUACACAAAUCUCACACAACUCUGUUUUGGCAUAUAUAUUAACUUGAUGACCAAUUAUCCUAUGUACAGAUUUGGUAAAUUUUGGUACUGGAAUAAAUGUUUCUGACUGAAAUCGAUGCCACAGUUCAUUUUCAACCAGAGAAGUGGGUUCUGGCGCUCAGUUGCACUUUAAAUAUUUGUUAAUAAUUCAAUUAAAAUCCAUUUUGUGAUACUA